GUCAACGUUCUUAUACUUACUACAGAACCAUCAACGAGGGGAAAAAUGAUUCCGAUGAACAAGUUUCUAACAAUCCUAGUCUUGUACGACGAGAGAAUAAAUAUACGAAGACGAGAGAAGAAGAUCCAUCAUCAUCCUUGUUUUGAAGAUUUAAGCUCCUACUUGAUUUCGACAGAUGAACGAAGGACGAGUAUAUCUAGGUAAAUGCAACAAGCAGUGUGAGACUAGUCGUCUGUCAAGAUAUGCUUCUGUGUUCGACAUAAACGAGUUGCUUUGGAAAGUACGUAGUUGAUGACGAGAGAGCGAGCUGGCCAUCACCAUCCUUGAGGCAUGUUCGAAUGGUAGUUAAAAGAGGUAUUUGAUGACGAGAGAACGAGUGUGAGGAGAUCGAUGAAGUAGGGCUUUGAGAAAGAUUUUCGUGGUUACACCAUAUGGUAUCGUACAGAUGUCGUUGACUUGCAUUCACCUCGAUAAUCGAUCGAAUAGAUGAAAAAUAGAACCUCCGCACACCGUUUAAUUCGUUGCAUAAACAUUGAACGUUUGGAAGAUAAGACUAAAUAAGACUAAGAGACAGACUACGAAACCACGAAAAAAAUAGGGAAGUGAACAUAGCAGUCUUCGACCCCCUUGAAUCCUCGAGAAAACAACAAUCACAACAAUCUUAGAAAAGUAGAAGUAGAAGAUCGACCCAACAACUCAUAUUCUUUUUGAAAAGGCAAAUUACGCUUCAUCCAGAGACCACCUAGCACCAACAACUUCAAAACGUGAAGUAAGUAGUUGAAAGGCGCACUAUAAUUCGUUGUCAGCAUCUGCAUGAGAUAAUUUUAAUAGGAGCCAGAAGAAAACCAUGGAGGGAACCGCUGGUCAAGCAGUGAAGCGCAAUGGAAAGGUGCAGCGCAAGGAAAAGAGAAUUGACGGCGCAGACGUAUAGCUAUAGCGUUUUUUGUUUUAUAUUUAUUCGAUUUUGUAUUUUUCUCUCUGUUGGUCAUGAUCGGAACCCUUGAGACUUCGCAAAGAUCCACGAAAAUCCAAAGGAUGAAGAUCAAGGAAAUGACCAAGAUCGCCAGGCAAAAGGUUGCCGGAGCACCAUCCAAACGCCCGACGGGUUUGCCGUCGCGCGGGUGUCUCUGGCUUCUCCUCUCUUGUUGUUGUUGCAAGAGGUUACCGGAGCACCAUCCAACGCCCGACGGGUUUACCGUCGCGCGGGAUUCUCUGGCUUCUUCUCUCUCUCUUGUAUGCUGUUCCAAAACCUUCAGCACAGUCAAGGACAAACGCCACCGGAAAGAUCUCAAGGAAACCCAUAGACCUCAACGCGUACUGUUCCAAAGUCAACGACUAACAGACAGAGGGGCCUUCAACGUAUUCAGAUUGCAGAAGUGGCGAAUGCUCACGCAUAGCUGUAACCAGGUCCGUGUCGUCUUGUCAGUUCUGAUCAGUUCAAAGUGCAUAAAGAUCGUCGUGGGGUAUUCUCGUGCUAGGUCUCGCAUGGUGUGAUCUGAUGCGUGUCCGUCUAUCUAAGGUCAGUCAGAUCAAGAUGAGUAUCGGCAUAGGAUGACCAGGCGAAGGCAAUGAUGAUAAGCAGAAGGCUUCCAUAUGAAGCACGUGCAACAUCCCCCACCAUGAUAUCCCAAACAAGAAGCGGAGGCUUCCCCUUUUGCAACCCCAAUGAAUAUCCACAGGGGCCAAACCAGCCAGAGACCAUUAGUCUCAGGCUGUGAGUUCAAUUGGCAUAAAGCUCCGCGCUUCUCACCGAGAAACUACGCGCGACUUAGCAGUCUCUGUUCUUGUGGUCCAGCACUCUCCUCAUUGUCUUUCUAACCAGCAGGCACCACCGUAGGAAUCUAAACAAAAAAGUAGGAACUUAAAAAGUGGCCGCCCGGAAGCAAAAAGCUGUGGAGUACUCCUCUGCACAGUUGCAGUCAGUUUCUUUCUUUGAAGUAAAGUCUUUUCUUGAAUUCUAAGGCCGACGAGAUUAUACUUAUUUGAUUUCUCAACUUGCUCUUUUUCUAGAAAGAUGUAAGCGCCCUGCACUCUCCCUCCACUAAAAUUCUCCACCUAUUUGCUCCCUUCAAGGCGCGCCCCCCCUUCGUCCUCAGCAGCCUAGUGCUCCUGUAGUGGGGUCGACCGGCUGGAGGUGGGCUGGGGGGUGCGUGCUCUCGCGUAUUUAUAAAUGGAAAAACAAGGUGGGGAGCUUAAAUUGUGCAAGGCUUUAAAUUUCAAAAGAGUCAGCUUCUACUUCUUUGGUUUUUCGUGUUGUGAAAGCAAGGACUUUUACUCUGAGGUGUGUCUGAACACGGAAAACCCUAGAAACUUACCUCCCCGGGGGAGCAAGUCCACUCGGUCUGUUGGUUCUCAUGCUAGUCCAAGCACCCCCGUGCGUGUUCAGUCAUGCGAGCCAGUCUUCUACUCUCUUGCUAUGGGUUUCGCAGCUGAUGAUCUCGGUCUUGAAAGUAUUCCACCCCCAUGGUGGUUAUCCUAAUGGUGACCCCUGUGGGGUGGGCCUGUUGGCUUUGUUUUCGACUGGUGUGAUCGUGAUCUUGGCCAGCCAUUACGUGGCCCUUGAUCUUAGUGGGCGUCUUGACUGAGAUCCUUGACCCCUUUCACGAUGUUGGGCAGCUCACUGCCAUUCUGUCUAACAGCGUGCCAAGCUUGAGCGUGUGAAGCUUCAGGCCUUUCAGGUUUCGAGUUAGGCUGUCGCAAUAGUAAGGGCCGAGAGGUGAGACAGUGAGAGGCGGGGAGCAUUAAGGGAGCCCUGUUCUGGAUUUCUUGUCUCCAGUGACUGGCAGGCGGGUCGCUGUUUACCAUUCGGCGGCUGGCGUCGGGCUGGCUGUCAGUGUCAGUCUGCGCUUGCAGGGUUCCAAGGCGGGCUUUUCUUCUAUCUUAUGAGUCAGUCAUCGGGCUCUGUCUUCGCCAUGGCCAGCGCGCAUGCCGUGCUGUGCCCCUGCCCCUCGCGCGCAUGGUUUCUUUCAGAGUUUUGCUCCGCAGUUUCAUCGCUUCGCUCGCGGCUUCGUAGUGAGUGGCCUUUUCUGUUCGAGGCUUCGUGGUUUCGUACUUUCCCAGCACCGUGAGGGCGUCCUCGCUGUUUCAACCCAGUGGCUUUUUAGUUAUAAUUUCGUGGGUCUCACUCUCAGGGCCUUAGGCUCGUGGGCUGUUCGUUUCUCAGGCGUUCAGACUCGGCCGUAGGUUCGUAGGCUCAGGGCUUCGCAGGUUCUUAGAAGGAGCCGCCUCGAGUCCCGUGGGCUCUCGAUCCGCUUCUUAUUCGCUUCUGAACUUGAUUGCUUGGGGCCUUCAUGGUUUAGCAGUUUUCGGCUGUAGUUCUCGCCCUUGUUCUCUGCUCCUCGGCUUGUGUUUGGGUGGGUUUUUUCUGGUGUCAUUCGGCUGGCUUUGGCUUGGGUUCGCGCGUAUUCUUCUUGUUUGUUGUGAAAUGUAUGAAAGCAAGCCGGGGCACGCCGUAGCUGCCGCUCGUGCGGAUGGCGUGGGGGGUUGUUGUUUGUGUGGGCUUUCGGUCGUGGGAUGCCUCAGGCAGGCGAGCGGCGCAAGGGUGGGCGCCUGGGGUGAGCAGGGGUGGAGGCUUCGGGAGUGCUCGUGGGGUGUUUUUCUUUGUCUUUCCUUUUGCUUCGUUGCAGCUUGUUGGUGGAGGGCUUAUAAUUGGCGGGCACGCGCGACCGCGCCAGGGGCGGGCUGGUCAGUGGGGUGCGCAGUGUGUUUUUAGUGGCGGCGUGUGUAUGCUACUACGCCUGAGCCUAGCAGAGCGGCCCCAAUUAAGUACAGAGCUCACCCCACUUGGCAGGCUGCUGAAGAUGGCGCGCCCGCUGGCUCUUCUGAUCGUGGUAGAAAAUUAGGGGUGCUACUUUUUGCGCCAAAAAAGUGCGCUGGAAGCCUUCGCCAUGUCAUGCGGGACCGCUCCAGAGCAAAAGGGGGACACGCUUGGGCCGCUUUCGCUCUUAUUUUUCCACUGGCAUUCCGCUGCUUUUGUCGGGGACUUGCAUGGCAAGGGGCUGGUCUGCUGCCUGUGCGUGGUGGCAGCGGUUAGCCUUGUGCGUUGGGGAUACACAGUCGCACGGCAUCUGCGUGGGGUCAGCUGUUUGUGCAUCUGCGGCGCUGUCGGUCGUGUGUGUUCCCGCUCAGAAGGUCCGCGGUCGGCUCGGCGGCUUGCUUCAGGACGAGGACAUGCCUGGGCAGUUUUCGUUCCUAAGUUUCCGCUAAAAUUCCGCUAAUUUUGCAGGAUUUCUGCAAGUGUGAGCUUGGUCGGCUGUUUGUGGUGGUGCUGGUUUUUUCUGUGUGGUGGGCUUAGUCGUGUGAUGGUGGGGACGGGGAGCAUGCGGGCUCUCCGUAGCCUUGCGGUGAUGUCGGUCGGGUGCCUCUUGCCGUGCCCAGAAAGCAGGCCUGGGCUGACUUGGCGGCUGUCAGCUUGGCGCCGUGUUCGGGUGUGUUGGUGUUCGGGGGCUCUAAUUUUUUUGCUAAAGUUCAUGCUUAUCUUGGGCGCUAAGAAAGGAACCACGCUAAUUCUGCAUGUUAAGUAAUUCGGCGUCACUAGUGAUUCGGCGUCUCUAGAGUGUCUUACCUUUUUACUCUAAAAAUCGCGCUAGUCUGUGGCUCUAAUUGUUUUGGGGGGUCUCGAAACCCCUCGAAAAUAUCUCUGAUUUGUUACUCUAGUGCGGUGCCCUGAUUUUGCACCCCAAAGACCUACGCGCUUUUAUGCAUAUAAUUGGGGGGCUGCAGAUUGAUUAGUAUGCCAAACUAGAGUAACGAAGUAGAGGAAUUCCGGAGGGGCCUCGAGGAGCCGCAAGAAUUAAACUAGAGUAACGGGCUACCUAGCAACUUUGUGAACGGGUUCCCCAUGGUGCACUCCGCCGGUUUCUGCUAAAUUAGCAAACAUCUGAGCGCCUGGAUUAGUGUGGCCUUGGGUGGGGGGGUAGCUGCACGGGAGGGCCGCCUGCCGUGCAUGGUUCGCGCCGGUUGUGUCCCUAAAUUUGGUCGUCGGGUUUUGCAGGGUCUGGCCUUGCGCAGGGGUAGGGCUGUGGUGUCUGCACCUACGGGCAGCUUGUUGCUUGGCUGGUCGUGUUUUUGGAGGUCUGGCCAAUGGGUAUUGCUUAGGGCUGGCCAGGGGGUGUCGUUAGCAGUGUCGCGGGUGCUUCUGAGGUGGUUGCGCCUGGGAAAAUUAGCAGGAUUCCCCUGGCGUUUUAAAGUAUUGGGGUGGCUGGGGUUGUCCCCCUGAACGGCUGCCCGGUUGGCGUUGGGCUUAGGUGUGUUCCUCAAGUCUUGGCUUUUUGCUAAAGAUUACGCUAGUGCUGUCGAUCCCCAAAUUAUGAAUCAUCUCAAGCAUGAGCAUGAAGAUCAUCCUACCAGUACGGAAGUCGACAACUGUCUGAAAGACUUACGAGCAUCAUGAUCAAGGAAACAACAGGAGCAAGAUAAUCAUAACGACAACAGCACGAAGAUCAACACCAUCAAGACCAGCAACAUCAUCAACAUCAGCAACAAGGCCAAACUCUUAAGGCCUUAAGCGUGUGCAGCAAGUAGCAAGUGGAUGAGUAAAAUAGUUGGUCCGGAUCUAGUUAGCUUAGGCAGAUGAAAGGCACUAAGCCCCAGGGAUCUCCGUACUUAACAACAACAACAAAAACCAAAUACUUUCUGUCUUCUCAGAUUUGUCCUGUGCUUGUGCAGAUUAGCACUAGUCACAGGACAGGGGCGACAUCGCUGAGAAUGAUGAGCGACAUCAUUCAAAUCCGUAGCCAUUGGGCUACCUUAAGACUAAUCUAAUUUUGAUGCUCUCUUGGCCGCAACAAGUGCAAAGCUCUAAAAAUGCGAGUUAAUUUAGCGUGUUAAGUCAGCACUUGAACCCUAACUGGGGGAGUUUUUCUUUUGCCGGCUUGGUGGCUUUAAUUUUCAUGAUGAAGGUCAGCCAUCCAUCCUAGCUCGGCAGCUUAGGAAGGACGGACUUUGAUUUGUCACCCUCACACUCUGCGCGCCUUCACGCAUGUAGGGGGGGUCGGGUGCGCAAGUCGGAGUCCCUCUCUUUUCGAGGGUGCUGGGGUUCUUUUCUUAUCGUGAUUCUUAGCCAGUUCCCCUCGAGGGACCCUGACCCUCGGAACAAAAUAACAGGGCGCGCCCAUCUGUCAGCAGCAUUCUGCGGAGCGGGCUCCCCGCGGUGCAUUCUGUUGCGGGUUGCUAAAUUAGCAGAAUUUUUGGCACCCAAGCAAAUUCGCAGGUGCUUUUUGAGUCCCAUGCAUCAUUAGCGGGGCGAACUCUAUGAAUGACCCACCGGCCAUCUAUUGCGCGCGCCAGCUGUGGCGCUUUGUGUCGUCGGGUUCCACAGAGUCUGCGCGCACAUGGGUAGAUACUUGGCGGCUGCGGUGGGUGGUUUGCUUGGUGGUGUUUUUUUCGGUGUGGUCGGCUGGGUUUGCCCAGGGCUGUCGCCUGUGGUGUAGUGGCUGCCUUUUGAGGCCACUGCGCCGGGCCAAAUCAAUUGGCACACUUUUAGCGGCAGGCGGAAGGGCUGGGGUGGCUGGGGCUGUCCUUCUGAGCAGCGUCAAAAAGGGCGCAGGCUUUCUCUUUUUUUUCUGUGGUUUCUGUAGUCGGUUGAACAAGGUGUCACUUCUUUGGCAUGGGCUUGGCGCUUUUUGUCGCUCGUUUUCGCUUGUUUCUAGUGUGGAAGAUAAGGAAGUAAGCCUGCGGCCUUCAGAUCGCGCGCGAAACAUACACACAGACAAGGCGCGGCCUGAACACCGCGGGACUGCACUAGCAACAGACAGAAAACACGAGCCACAGAAGGCGCCCAGACUGCGCCAGCGAAAGAGCGACGCUCUUAGCCGACGGACUACAGACGAAGCCAGAAAACGAAUAGAAAACGCCUGCGCCCUUUCUGACAGCUGGCAUGGGUUUCUGCAUGACAUGGCGAAGGUUGCUGGUGCACUUUUUUGACUCAAAAGGUGGCGGCGCUGAUUUUUCGGCUUUCACCUAUUCGGCAGCUUGUUGAGCUUUUUGGGGCUUUUAUUUCUUCUGAGCUUCGGCGUCGUGGAAGAAUCUACGUGGCGCUGCCGGUGAAAGAAUGCCUUGCGCAUGCGUCCCUCACCGGCCCGCCUCGGGAGCGGUCGCCCGCGGCUGUCUGCCCAUAGCUAAGCCCGCAGGCAGGGGAGCAACGAAAAGGGGAAACCAAAACACCCAGCAGGCGCACCUCCUUGGGGCUUUCGCCUCUACUCACCCCCGGCGCUGGCCUUUGUCUUGUGCUGCCCGCUCCCUUGCUUCUUGGGGCUGAGUGACAUCUCACGCCCCAAGGCUUGCACAGGCAACAGCCGGGCACGCCUUCUUUCUAAGAAGCGGCCACAACUUGACAUGGCUCGCUUUCUACAGCAUACAGAAGGAGCUGGAACAUCCCGCCAACCCAAGCCAGGGCGGCCAGCUGAAAAACCUCGGAAGAAACCCACCCAAGCACAGGCUGAAAGGCAGCAAACAAGGACGAGGACCACGGGCGAAAACUGCCAAACCGUGAAAAGCUUGAACAAUUCACCUCGGAAAUGAAUGGGAAACGUGCCAAGAACUUAGGCAGCCUGAGGCGGUUCCCUCGGAGGUUCAUGGGCUUGCUACGGAAGUAAGCCCCAGGACUUUUCUCAUGUCGACUCGAGUCGGGCGGCUUUUUUUUCGAGUUUUUGUCUCUUUUGCACGGGCUUGGUAAUAAUUUUGAGAAAAUUUAGCAAAUUUUGACAAAAUUCUACGAGCUCGAAAGCUCGACAAACUUGGGACCCCUGGCCAAGGGGUCGGGGUCCCCGGGUCGUUGUGUCGCUUAGAUGUCAAACCUCGACAGGCUUGCAGUGGGAUGUGCCUGGCCAGAGUUGUCGGGCCGCGUCGCCUCUUUUAAAUUCUAAAUCUCGACAAGCUUGGGGCGCUUGGUGGGGGGGUCUGGCUUGAUGAAUAGGGCAGCUCGGGACCCGGGGACGCAGCGAGCGCUUGACGAAAGCGCCUGGAGACAUUAGCGGCGGAGCCAGGGUUGACACGGGUGCCCCCGUCCACCGCUGGGCACCGCUUUGAAAGUGCGCGGCCCAUGUGCAGACUCGUCACCAACGGGGGAGACAUAUUGGGACCGGGGGACACGGCGCGGGAUAGACAGGCCCGGGCACCCCCGCGGCGGGACCCGGGUUGACACUGGUGCCCCGUCUACCGCGGGGCAUCGCUUUGCGCGUGUGUGUCGUUCCACGUGUGUCGCGGUUCUUGCGCGGAUUCAUCGCGGAGGUGGGCGGAGACAUAUUUAUUGGGCGCAGCGCUUGCGGGACACCCCAGCGGCGGAGGCAGGGCUGACAAUGGUGCCCCCGUCCACCGCUGGGCAUCGCUUUGAAGGUUCAGCACUCGCCGCCCUUUUAUCGCCCGCCCCCCCCUUUAUCGCCCGCUCGCUCCCACAUCCUUGGUCGAGUUCUACAAGCCUUUGGGGGGCGCCGCCUGGGCAAAUUCGCAAUGCCUCAGGGCCAGGGGCUGGCCGCGUGGUGCUCGGAGGGCCGCACCCGAAGCGCCAGCAGGUCGGGACCAGGCGAACGCCUUCCCCCAAUGAGGGAGGUCGUUCUUUCUCUCUCUCUCUACAAGUCUGUGCUCUCUCUGAGUCGAGUAGUCUGCCUGUGCUUGGUCUUAUGAGUAGGUCUGUUACUUGCUCGGCUGCCCUCCUAUGAAUGCAGGCCAUCCGAUAGGAAUGGGGCCGCCUCCCCGGUGGUCUGUAUGUAUCGAAGCCAUCGAUCUGGUGUGAAUAUAGAAAGCUGCGGGGCCGUCUUCUCUGCCUCGUCUGUCGGUCUGCUCUGCUCUGCCUCGUCUGCUUUGGGCCUUGUUGUAAGUAUGGUGCGGGGUCGACUUUUGUUGUGAUCAGCUGGGUAAAGACGCCAGGCACCGGCAAGCCUUGCUCUGUAUAGAGCGAGGGCCGCUCCGUAUGCGUUAGGCUUGGGGUUGGGCAUGCUCGGCAUGGAUGGGGGUUGGCUUGCUCGGUAUGAAUCGAAACAGUCUGAAUGUGAAAAAAAGCCAGCUAACUCUAAGUGUGCGCCUGUCGUUGUGGCCAUUGUUGUGCUACGGGUGGGGACCUAAGUAGUGCGCUGCGUGUGCUAUCAGUAAAAGUCAUCGCGGCGCCUUCUCUUGUCGUGGCUAUUGCGUGGCAUGUAGUCAGGCAAGGGCUCGGGUGCAUUCUUAUCCUUUCUCUCAAUUUUGGCAGGCUUGGAGGUUGAUUGUCCCGUGCUCACGGCCGUGGCGGUUCUCGUAGUCUUGUCGCCUGUCUUGUGUUGGGGUGCACUGAAGCGGCUCGCCUAGGGGUAGCGCCUUCAUCUUAGCGCAAAGAAAGCUUCCCCGCUGUUCUUGUUGUUUGUUUUGUGUUUAGCUACACCGGAAAGGCUUGGCGAGGGGUAGCCUCCUCAACUCACCGCAGAAGCCCCCCGCUAGUCUAUUCUUGUGGCUUGUCUUGUGUUUGGACGCACUGGAAGGGCUUGGAUGGAAGCAGCUCUCCCAUCUUAACACAGAGACAGAGGGGGCCGCGCUGUCUGUCUUGUGUUUAGAUGUACUAAAAAGGCCCGGCUAGGAGUAGCCCUGUCACCCUAACACAGAGAAGGCCGCCGCGUGUGUUUAGGUGCACCGAAAAGGCCAGGGCCUUUGUUGCCUGAACUGCGUCGGCAUUGAUUCUCUGCGAGUUUCUCACCGUGCCAAGCGUACGCGGCAGCAAGAUGAAGCCGAAGACAAAAAACGGCUGAAAGUUGCAAAGCUUAACGUCUUCACUGGCAAAAGAUGGCAAAAAGUGGCAAGGUUUGGCAUUCUGCGCUGUCAAAAAAAUGGCAAAAGGUGCUAAACCUUGACGCCUGCGCCGUCAAAAAGUUGCAAGAGUUGAAGUCUGCGCUGUCAAAAAGUAUUGCUUUUGGGCAUUUUUUGAGACUUUUUGAAAUUUUUUGGCGUGUUUUGCUAAUUUUGGGCAUAUUUCGAGGCGCCUGACGCCUCGCGGAGGUCCCGGGGGUGACUGCCGUAACAUUUUGCGCCUCCCUUGGUGCUUUGAUUCCGGUGCUUUCCUGCCAGGUUUUUUUCAGUUCGAGGAAUUUUGGUUCAGGUGCUUAGUCUUUGACCACGCUGUUUGCGGUAUGCGCUUUUUUGGUUCAGCUCACGCGCUUUCGGUCGUCCAAGAGCUUUGGGCCCACCCAGGUGCUUCUGGGUCGAGUGUUUUUGGUCCAGGUGUGUUUGUUUGGAGGCUCCGCCAGGGGUUGUCAUUGAGUUUUUCUUGCGCUCUUUAGUGUUUUUUAGUCAACAGAAUCUGCCGCCGAUAGGCUGGCAGGGCCAUGUGAAGUGUAGCUAUCGACCCCGGCGAACGAAUCCCGCCAGCUUUUGUAACUUACGGCAUUUGUUUGCCCAUUUUUUUGCAUACCUACAGCUUAGCCUUUAAGCAGUUUUUCUUUUUGUUUUUUUCGAUUCAUCGCAGGAAGCUCAACAAAGUGAUGCAACAAUCUGGCCAAUGUGCAACCAUGCUUGGCGUGUUCAGGAUCUAUCUCAAAAACGCUCGCAGCCUAUGUAUUGCGCUUCUUCAAGAAAAACCCUCCCACGAUUGCCAGCAGAACGCCUUGAGCGUGAUGGAAAUCCUUGGACCCCUCCAGAACCCCACAGCACACACUGACUCGCCGCCGACUGUCUUGGACGCGGGAGGGGCGCGGGGGAACGAGUGAAACAAAACCAGAACCCACACAAACCGGCAGAAAGCAAGCCGCAAGCAUUGCGAAGCGGACCAUUUCCGCGACUAGUUGGAGACAAUUUGGGCCGUUUUUGUGCUGUGUUUAGCUGAUGUAGCACUAUGACAAACGCUACUGAGGCACUGAGACUAACGUCAGGCCGCCGCCGCUUUGAUACGCCUUCCCCCCUUUCGUUCCCACAUCAGGCGCGAAAGUACCUUGGGCAAAUAUACGAGCGUUUAUGGCCGCAAGGCGGAGACCAUGCUUCCGAAUCCGGAUUUGCCUCCAUGAAAGGCGACGCCGAUCUCCAAACAAAGUGGGACGCAGUGAGCAGUUGGAAGAAUUCGCAGAUUCUCGGGCGCAUUCCCCUCAAAGACAUGCACACCCGACAGGAAGCACAAACAGCCUUCAGGGCAGGGGUAUAUCUUGAGUAAGUAGGUGUACUAGGUUUUUGUUUUCCAAAGAUCUUCUUAGUCACCUAUGGUUGAAGUCCUUGAGUGUAAAUUUGAAAACAAAGAAGGCGAGAGUACCUGUUUACCCUAUUCACUCGCAUUGGGAUUACUUAACAGUCUCAAACGAUAUCAAAGGAAAGCUCAUUCACUGGUUCGGCACUUGAACUCACCACUGAAGGCUUUAUAAGUUACUUAGUUAGCUAAUUCGCUAACGCUAGAUAGACUAAAGCAGUUGUUGGUUGGGUCGAAGCUCUGGGCACCGGCUGGAGGAGGCCUGCUCGAGUUGGUGAAGUUUUUGUAAGUCGGUCCGGAUCCGAGAAAUUCCCAAGCAGGCAGCCGCCCCACUCGAUCCGGCGGAAAUCGCUUCUUAGCCUUUAAGGCAGCUAGUUCAGCUUCAAGUAACUACGUGGGAAGAGAUCGCUUCAAAAGUUGAGGUUUUGGCGAAGGAGUAUGGGUUUUCCCUAGAUAAAUGACACUUGCGACUUGUGCUUUUUAUCUGUUGUCCGUAUGUGAAAAAUUUAUCUUCUCUGUCCUGAACACUGACCAACUUUCAAUAGUAGCAUAGAACUCGUUCACUCCACUUUCGGUCUACAGGUCAGAAAGGCGAUCGACGGUCCGGGAAAGUUCGCCAUCAGAGCGCUUUUGAGAAAAAACGCGACGGCCAGAGGGAUUCUAGGCAUUUACUUACACGACGGUGCGCUGCGCAUAGAAAAUGACCCCCCGCAGAGGAGCUCGUCCUUCAUCCAGAAGUUGCCUCCCUCGGAUCAAAUCGACUACAGCGACUCGAUCGCGUGCAUUUCCAUGCUGCUCGUGCUCCUGUUAAGGUUUCGCUGUUCGUCCUCUAUUGUCGUCUAGUAUAUAGGCUGAGGUAAGUAUAUAGAUAGAAUUCUGAAUGAGCGAGGUAGAGGCGUUACAUAUGCUUCUGAAUCUGAGACAUGACACACCUGAAGAUAGAUUGCAAAGUAGGGACUGUAACUGAAAGGUCGUGCAGUACAUUCCAACCCAUGGCCACAUGAAUAUUUUAUAUUAAGUAUUUCAUGGUAUCUCACACAACAAAGGACGAGGGCAAGUGAAGCUUUACCUCUAAUCUGCGGAAUCUUUUUGCUGUGGAAAGUCGCACGGAAGAUGCGCAUGCCCACGAAGGACAAGAAAGACAAGUUUAAGUCGGGGAGUUUGUAAUUGAUUCACAUUCAUCCAGUAAGAACUAUUAUUUCUCGAGAGUUGUUGUUGUGUGCGUCACACAGUAUGAUGCCUGUCUUCCUAAAGAUUCACUUUCCACAUUUUUUGUAGAAUUCGGUAAGUAGUGCGUUCUCAGAUUCUCACAACCGCAUAUGAAUCCGAGUAGCGUCUUGUUAGGAUCAUCGCACUGUGCGUGCGAAUUCGGUAUGAUCCUACAUUAUACAUAGGCUCACUCGUCACCACAUUCCUAUGGUUUUACCAUCUAACAAAACUCGCGAUGCCAAGUCUCAGAGGGCGGGCGACUAUGGUACGCUGGCCGCGGCUGACGCGGUAACCGAGGUGUAAGUAAAGGGGAAGAAGAAAUGACUACGACUGUUAGUGAUGCUGGGGGAGGGGAUAUAACUGACCGUCGUGGUAGGAGAACGACAAACAUCCUAGGGUUUACGUUGUUCUUAGAAGAAGGAUAACAACAAAAUUGGAGAAAGUAAGUAGAAAGCUGCAUUGACAUCUAGUUACAAUAAAUAGAAAGCGGUUGAGCAUGAUUGAGGCUAGUAUUGUCAAAAUUCUUCUUCCUGAGUAAAAUUUUCAUGAGCAGGGGUGGUAGAUCGGGUGCGAAGGACAGACAUGUGAGACAUAUGAUAUGUUUUAGAAGAUGGUACCAAAUGCAAAUAAAUCUUCGAAUAACUCUCGCGCAUCCAUCGUCAUUAAAUUGAUUAAGGCUUGACGUAAACCUCCCACUCUUUCCUGUGGAGGAGUAAUCCGCUCAUCGUGGCUCGAAUACGGAGUCGCGGAGCCAUGCGCAUUGAUGUGCCGCAGCUUGAGCGACAAUUCUGGCCUGCGCGUAGCUUGGGAAAGCAAGGAGGCUCAUUUUGUUGCGGACGGCUCUGCCGCCUGCGUAUCUCGUGUGAGGGCGCUGGGGAAGAAUCCAUCUUUAGCAGUUGCAAAAAGGCGCGUAGAGGGUGUUAGACUCGCGUUGGUCUUCGUCUGCUCUCGGGUUAUUCAUAUGGGUUCACUCGAGUUUGGGAGCAUCUUUCCGUCUUCUACAGGAACAGGUUUGCGCUGACGCUUUAGGACGAAGUGAAGCUAGAUCGGCUAUUAGGGCGGGUUGAAGCAUUUCAUUUGUACAUACUUUUCUCCCUUAGCAUUGCUAUCUGAUCACGAAGUGGCUCAGCGUUUAAGGCUGGUAUUGCUUUCAGAAACUCCUACAGGGGAAAGAGCUCCGAAGGCGAUGAAAAACCACCCCAAAAAGGGAGGAAAUUUCUUCCAACCUGUUGCCGCUUCGUGGGCCGAGGUAUUUUCUAUCGGGCUCCUGUCUGUUUGUUCUGCGUUUCUUGCGUACCUCCGCCCCCCCCCAAAACCCAAAGCGACAGUGGGCGAGCGUUUGGACAAGAUUCUUCUGGGGCAAGCGUGCGAGGGGGUUCGCAGGACACCCAGGUUUCAAUUUUGCAGUGUUUGCUGAACCCCGGUUGGCUGCAAGACGAAUACGCAAUGGAUUUUUUCCAUGGUCCCUCCUUGCGCACUGAGGUUUUUUUUGUCCUCCGCUUGCUUUUCUCCAAUGCAGUGGAGAAAAACAAAAACAAAAAGCGCAAGCCUUGGAGCGGUGCAUUCUGAUAAGUGAACAGGCCAACGCCUAAACCACUAAGCCAACUGCGCAGUUGGCUUAGUGGUUUAGGCGUUGGCCUGUUCACUUAUCGAUCAAACUACCUAGGAUUCGAGUCCCGGUAAUAUCAAAAAAAAGUGAGAGAGUCCAAAAUACGCAUCGAGGCCAAAGGGUGGGAGGCGUCUGAUUGAGCGCGCUCCAGUGCACACACCCGCCACAGAAUGAGCCAAGUCUGUCAGACGCAGCCACCGAUGAGCCCGACAUCGGCAAACUUGACCGGUCCCACCCAAGAAGGGGGGGGCCUGGCCACUGAGAUCGCGAGAAUGGCAGAAGUCCAGCCCCCAAUGAACCUGGCAGCCUAGUGAUACCGGCCGCAAAUGAAAUGCGGUGACCCACCUAGCUACGGCAGGGGGUGCCUAGAGACAGAGAUCGCGAGAAAGGCGGCCGAGCCCACCCCGGUAGUUUGAUUGAUAAGUGAACAGGCCAACGCCUAAACCACUAAGCCAACUGCGCAGUUGGCUUAGUGGUUUAGGUGUUGGCCUGUUCACUUAUCACAUUCCUCAACAAAUAAAUGAAAGAUAGAGAUUGUUUCAAAUAAUUGCAAUUAUAGUGAAGAUGUCAUGUUGAUAGAUCUGCUGGUAUUACUUACAGCGAUAUGAUGUUGUACAACAUGUAGAUAGAGCAAAUUCGUUUUCGUAGAAGUAAAAAAAUAGGGAACAUUAUUAUCAGAAAUUAUGAUUAUCAUAAAAUAAAAUUGAGGAGAAAAAUAGAAGUAGGGGGUUUAUUCAAAUAAGACCUGCAUACUGGCUAAACACAAAGUGAAGAAGACGGUGUUGUACAGGCCAAGAAGGCACAAGGCAUGUCUAAGUCAUCUCGUUGCGCACGUUGCUAUGUGUUUGGGUCAUCUUCACUGAUUAAG